GGAAAUAUUCCCACCAAAAGUUCCCACGUAUGAAGAACGUUUCAAAGAAGGGGAAAUGGGGAGAGGAGGAUGGGGGAACUCGGUUUUCUUCCUUGCUCCAUUUCCCACGUCUUUUGAUUUGGAGUUUGAUUUCAUUCUUGCAACAUUGAACAUUGGAGAUUAGCAUUCAGUGCAUUCAUUUGUCUUUGUUGUCUCGCCUACUCUCUCUUGCCGGUCAUGAAGAGGGCACGCACAGGCUCUCUCGCUCCUAUACUCUUGCUCAUCGCUUGGUGUGGGCGUGUCGCUGCUCAAAACUGCUUUAAACUCGCUGGUUCUCAAUCCUGUCCGGGUCUCCAAGACUUUUUUGUUCAAAAGGUGCCCGAUUUCCAGGACGUGAAUUCUUUUGAUGCCUAUAUAAAGACCCAGAGCGAUGGGAAUCCAGAUUAUGUGAAUGGAUUCAAGUCCCAGUUUGGGUGUCCCAACUGGGAUGGACUCGGUCAGCGGUAUCACAUUUCCACUCUGUGCUUUUAUCUCGUGCAAUUUGGGAGAUGCCAAGAGAACCCACCGAUUCAGCCAUUGUGUAGAACGCAAUGCAACCAAUUCAUCGCCUCGAUGAACACAAUCUUUCAAAACGGAACGGCUUGUCCACCGCAGGUCGACGCAGGCCUGACUGCCGCGCGGACCAACAUUGCUCAACCCUCGACAAGCCCUUUUGCUGCCUACUGCGCUACGCUCAACGACAAUAGCGGCUGCAAAAGUGGACUGGAUACGGAACUUGUUACAUGUGGUUUCUCGACGGCCGCUCAAGUCGCCCCCUACUGCUCUGCGAAUGGCUCCGACCCCUGCUGUGCCAAAGCAGCCGAAGCCACCGACGCAACUCUGAAAACGAUUGCCAAAGGUCUCGCUCCCGUCAACAACACCCCCUGGAUCGCCUCGGGUAUCGCACUCGGCGCCAUGGUCUUUUUCGCCCUGGUCUUCAUCUUUUGCAUUAAGAUGAAACCCUGGAAAAAAGCCUCCACCUCCGCUUCGGAGCCCCCGCCAUCGGAAAUCGAGCCAGGCCCACUCCGCGCCGAUACACUCAAAAACGGCGCUGGAACGGGUCCAUUUGGAAGUAAACGCCGUACAUCCCUCUUUUCCGCCGUUCGCCAAUCCAUCAUGGGUUUCGGCGGACGGUCCAAAGUGGCUCCACCGCCUUUACCAGUAAACUCGUACCCGACCAUGAAAUCCGCCAUGCAAUCCGUUUAUUCCAACCCGGCACCUCCUCAAAGCAUGUACACUGAUGCUCCUCCCCCUCCCAGCAUGUACAAUGCCCCACCCCCCAUUACGAACGCCUACUCUGUCUACUCGGCCGCCCCCCCUCCAAUUCUCCCCCCAAUCAACAACACACCCACCCAACCCCUCGUUCAAAUGAAGGUCGUCGAAGCCUACGCCGCUCAACUAGGCGACGAACUCUCCCUCAUGAUUGGCGAUGUCGUUACUGUUGAAGAAGAGUACGAUGAUGGGUGGGGUGUUGGGCGGAAUGAAUCUACGGGUGAAAUUGGGGCGUUCCCUGUGACGUGUUUGGAACCGCUGGAUUAUUCUGUUGAUGGGGAACGACCCAAGAGUGUUAUUCGGGAGCGGACAAAGAGUUUGUAUGCGAGUGGGUUUAGAAACUGAGGUGGCUUGUUGAUAUACGUGAACAACAAAGUUCAUACCGAACGGUUGUAUUUUAGUUACUCUUGUGUGUUUUUUUUUGUAGAUAUGGACACGUAAAAAGGAUUUACAAAUGCAACAAUGUGAAAAGAGUGGGAAGGGGGUGUUAAGGAAAAAGAUAAAAGAGAGAGGAUGGGGAGGAAAGGGAUUUUUCUUUUGUAUUUUGUUCUUUUUGGUUUCUCUGUAACAAACACGAUUGCUUUUUUUUGUGC